AUGUCGCACCACCGAGCUGCAGCUCGCGCCUCGGCUCAUCAACCUGCGCCGACCCUCGUCAUCCCCGACCGCGAUGCCGACCUCGCGCCGUCGGCCGUCCCCUUUCCCUCGCCGACCCGCCCCGACGCUUCACCCUCCCCGACGAGCCCUUCCUUCCCUUCCACUUCUCGCCCAUCUUCCCCCGACAUGCUCAUCUCGCCAGCAGCGUCGUCGUCCAGGCGCUCGCCUUCGCCCGGCCCACACGCUCCGGCAAAACGCCCGACCUUCAUGCGCGUCCGUCAAACUUCCCUGCCGGCCUCGCUCGUCCAGUCUCGGCACCACUCGAUCGUCGGCUCGGCGGGUCUUUCGGCGAUGGUGGCGAGUGCCGCGAGCGGCGGCGCCAAGCGGGUCAGCGUCGCGUCGUUCGCGAGCUUCGACAGCCUGCCCGAGGAGGAGGAGGGCCAGGGCGACGUCGACGGCGCCGAGAUGGGGAGGCUAGGCCUCUCUCGGCGCUCGCUGAGCCCGCCCGCGACGCCGCCACGGCCCGUUGCCGCCAAGCGCUCGUCCCUUCCGGCCUUGUCGAGCGCUCUCGCGUGCGGCGUCUCGGUCGUCCGGCCGCGCACGCUGUCGGCGCGCACGUCGAGCCCGAGCCGGUGGUCGGUCAUGAGCGAGGGCGAGCGGGAGAAGCACGCCCAGACGAGGUGGAGGAUCGCCGAGGAGCUGAGGGAGUCGGAGAGGGCGUACGUGAGGGUGCUCGAAGACGUGGACUCGCUCUACUACCAGCCGCUCAUCGAGGCGCUCCCCGCCGACGACCCGCUCUCGCGGCGCAGCUCCAAGCGCUACUCGACCGCGACACAGCCCGACAGCCGUACUACCUCGCCUCGUCACUCGCUGUAUGGCGCACCUCAGCCUCGUUAUCGCACCUCGACCGCCGAGUCGCUCCUCUCGACCGCACCUUCAUCCGCUUCGACCACUUCCCCACCGCCCAUCCAGCCCAUCCUCUCUCGCCGCGAGAUCAACAAGGUCUUCUCCAACUUCUCCGACGUCCUCAACUUGGCGCACGUCAUGCUCCUCGCGCUCGAGGAGGCCGUCCCGCCACGGCCUUCUCAACCCGUGUCGAUCCAAACAGGCGUGGCGGCGGUGCCUGCGAGCGAGUCGACGACGACCUGCUCGGCGCCUGCGACCGCCGAGACGAGUGUCGAGGCCUCGAGCGUCGAAAACGGCAUCGAGGCGUCCGCCCUGAGCCGCAGCGGCGGGACCGUCGAGUCGGAAGGGCCCGAGACGCCCGACCAGUCGCCGCCGACCAAAGCGACGCCCAAGGUCGUCCCUCGACAGCGUCCACUGUCGACCCGCAGCACGGAGCGUCGCCGCAGCACGCCCGUCGCCCCGCCGGUCCGCCUCGGCAAGGCGCUCCUGCCGAUCCUCCCUUUCUUCAAGCAGUACUCGCUCUUCAUCGCCAACUUCUCGGCCUCGCUCGCCCUCCUGUCGCGCCUCGACGGCUCGUCCUCGAUCACGUCGUCGGCGUCGUCGGCCUCACGAUGGCAGGCGUUCGUCGCCUCGCGGCAGCAGCAUCCGGGCGGCGAGCACGGCGGCGAGCCGCACUCGCAGGCGAGCAAGAUCGGUCUCGCCGGCCUGCUUCUCAACAUCGUUCAGCGCGUGCCGAGAUAUCGCCUCCUGCUCAAGGACCUGUUGCGCCACACGGACGACGAGCACCCGGACGCGCGCGACCUGCAGGCGGCUUUCGACCUCGUCGACGGCGUCGCCUCGCACCUCGACUCGCAGAUUGCGGCCCACACGAGCGCGCUCGCCCUCCUCGACCUGCAGCGCUCGUUCCUCCCCGGGUCGUUCCCCUCGUCGCCUCUCGUCGCUCCCGGUCGCACGCUCUUCAAGUCCGGUCCGCUGUCGCAGGUCUCGCACUCGGGACCGCCGAGACCCAGGACGCUCUUCCUGUUCUCGGACCUGCUCAUCGUCGCGGCGGCCGAGGAGGUCUGGAUCGGCGACGAGGACCGGUACCGCCUCGUGGGCCGGUACGAGCUGGACGAGGUGACGGUCGUCGGGAACGAAGAGGUUGACCAGGAGGGCAGGAGGAGGUGCGGGUUCCAGGUGCUGUCGAGGGAGCGGUCGUUCGCCGUUUACGCCGACACUCGCGGCGACCGUGAUACAUGGCUCGACGCCAUCCGCAACGCCAAGGCGACCCUCUCGACGGCGCGAGCGACCAUCCAGCGCUCGGCCCCCUCGACGCCUCUCGCCCCCGUCUCGACGUCGCCUCUGCUCAGCAAGCUCGACCGCCGCAUCUCCCUCCCACCGCCGUCUGCGUCCUCGACCACGCCCCAUCCGCUCGCACGCACCCGUUCGACCUCGUCGCACCUCGGCGUCCCUCCCUCGCGCCAGGUGUCGCUCCCGCCGUCGCUCGGCUUCAUCCCGCCGAGCCCGGCAGAAGAGCUCGACAAGCUCAUCUUCCCGUCGACCUCGAGCGCCGCGUGCGAGAUCGUCCAGUCGCCGCUCGAGGGCCCGCCAUUGGCGGAGCGAGUCGAGGCUCGUGCGGGCAGCCCAGCGGUCGCUUCGAGCAGCGGGACCAGCUCAAGGGCGGCCAUCCUCUCGUCACCAACAACGUCGUCGCCCACUGCAAGCUCUUCGACGUCGACGUCGUCGUCGCCGCCGGCGGCUCGUCCUUCCCUCGCUCGGUCCCGUCGUUGGUCCGAGUUGCCGACCUCGUCCGCCUUCGCCGCCCUCUCGUCCAUCUUCCUUCCUUCCCCACCCUCAUCCUCUCCCGACCUCGCGUCGGGCGAGACCGCCUACCCCGUCAUCGACGCGUACCAGGCGCCGGUCUGGGUCCCGGACUCGCGCGCGCCUCGGUGCCAGAACUGCGCCCGAGACUUUGGGCUGUGGCGGCGCAGGCAUCACUGUCGGCUCGGCGGCUGCGUCGUGUGCUGGGAGUGCUCGACCAAGUACUUCGUCAUUCCCGCCGCCGUCUUCUCCUCUCCCUCCCUCGACCCCUCCUCCGGCCCCGCAGCUCCUCCCACGUUGUCGACCGAGCCCGACCGCCUCGCUCGCGCGUGCGACUCGUGCUUCACCUCGGUCUUUGCCCCGACGACGCCCGCCUCGCGCUUUCUCGACGCGCACCCGACCGCGACCGACACAUUUCCCCGGCUCGGCAUGCGCGGCGGCGGGACUGGGAGCGUCAAGUGGACGGGGACGUGGCGGAUGAGCAAGGCGCUCGGACCUGCUGGAGGAGGGCUCGCGCCGCUGUGGGACCUCGAGGAGCUGGCGGCGGCAGCAGCGGGCUCGGACGGCAGCGGGGCGAGGCAGAGCACGCCGACGGCGGCGAGUGCGGGCCAGGGCGAGGCGCGCAGGACGCGAGAGCGUUCGGCGGUCAAGCAACUCAAGGCGCUCUUGGGCGAGUGAGGACGAGACGUGCAACGA